AUGGACCGUAAAAGUUUGGCUCGGUUACGAGGCGGCGCGGCACACCUUUGGCGAAACAUCAUCAACCGUUCGUCCAUUCGGCGCGGCCGCGGUGUGUUGCUUGGUACACCUGGCGGUGAAGGGUCAUCCUCUGCCCAUCAUCGUCGCUUGGCAGCUUCGAAGCGUCCCUUGUGGCGACCGGCCAACGAAACGGAACGACUGACAACGGCACGGAGGACAGCUGCGAGGACGUGUCGCGCCUCGGAAAUUAAGCUUGACAAAGGCGCAAAUGUGCGAGACAGUUGGUUUGGCGUCCAGUCCCGGCGAGCUGUCAUCCAAGUUGAGCGUCUGGUUAGCUUAAUAAACGGAACUAACCGUCCAUUCACUUUUCCCCAUCCCAUUUCAGACUGUGACUGUGUCAAAAUCACUCGUCUCUCGGUGCCCCGGGCGUACAUCCUUGCCAAUUACCAUCGAGAGUUGGGUGACAGCAAUGAGCUGUUCUUCGGUGGCGGAGGAGCCACAGCUGAGGCCUCCCGAAGUCGAACCGUGUUCCGGUACGAGGAAAAGGCCAGCCAAAAUCGACCACCUCCACCGCUGCCACCGUCGCCGCCAAGGGACAGCAGCAGCAGCAGCCUAGACGAAGGGCACCACCAUCACCACAACGAGCACCUGGUGCUGGACUGCGAGUACGAGAUCGACCCGGACGAGAGCAUGUUUGUGCUGAAAUGGCUCUUCAACGGGAAGACAAUCUAUCAGUGGAUUCCACCGGCGCGGUCACCGUUCGGUUUUACGGCCAUGGGGCGACAAAUCAACCGGACGUACACAAUCAAUGAAAAUCCGAUGCACAAACACCGGGCCCUGGCGCUGGUGAGGCCGCUGAAGAACUUUACCGGGGAGUACACCUGCUCGGUGUCGACAUUCCAGAGCCAGGAUAUGCGGUCCGCUCGGAUGGUGAUGAUUGUUCCGGAAAGCAACUUCGUCCUUCGGUACUACACCAGCAACAUAAGCAACCUCGUGAUGGUGCUCUGCAGUGUGUACGGAUUCUUCCCCGCUCCUGAGCUGUCACUCUGGAUCAACGAGUACCGACUGGACAACAUCACCGAGAAUACCCUGCUAACCCAGUCGGACCUGUACGACAGUUCCGUCAGCAUUCACCUGGUCCUGUACGAGCGAAUCCAGCAGGACGAUGUCAUCAAAUGCACUCUCAGUGUCAAAGACACCGAUUACAGCAAAACCAAGGAAACUGUGUUCAUUGAUGUAAAUAGAGACCCCGUACCAGAGCACAAUUCCGUUUUCGAUCACAUCAGCUCAACAACUCACGAAUCACCGAGUUCGUCAGCGGAAAGUACGAGUUCGACUACUUCGCCCAGCACCAGCACUUCAAGCCACGAUCCGAUCGUGGCAUCACCGUACUCCACAACCCCCACCAGUAGACUAUCGAACGAAGUCUACAAAGAGCCGGACGCCGUGAAGCAUCCGGCAUCGGCGGUGACGGUGCCAGCACCAGCGGCACCUCGGGUAGUCCAGCACCACUUUUCCCCUUCCUUGCAGCCGGCGGUCGUUCGGUUGAAGCCAACGCCACCACGGAUCCGAACGGCCGGCGGAGAACAUCUAGGGGGCGUAGACUCCGACGAAGUGACAAACGUGGUGAACUUCAAGGAGGUGUUCAAUGAGAACAUGCUGUACAGCAGUGGCGGCAGCGGAGCCCUUCGACCCAACGGAAUCCUCCAGCGUCACUGGCUCACCGUUGCCGCCGCCACCACCACCGCGUUCGUCCUGACGACAACGGCGACGACGAUGAUGAAGAUGCUGAUGCUGAGGAGCAGCAGGCUGUAAUAUAUCCACGAACGAAGCGAACAACUCCGGCGAACGGACGACGGGCGGCGAACGAUGGAUCGUGAAACGUGGCUUACCUUACCUAUACUCGACGAUGACUACGACGAUGCCAAUUCCGAUUCCGACGAGCAGCAGAGGAAUUCUAAACAAAGUCGAAUAAGAACAUUGUUAGCGUUAAGUGUGAUAAGAAAGUAAAGGAAGAAGUGGUCGCUGUUCUUUAUAAGAGAUGAAGAAAAAAAAGUUCAAAAUGACAAGUGCUACUAGACUACAACAGGCAGCCACUCCAGUCUGGUCAGCAGAAGUUUCAAUGAAAUUGAAGUAAAACUAGUUUUUGCACUCGCGCUGCUGGCUGACCGGAGAAGAGCGCAGUGAAUUCCCAUCGAAGUGUGUCGACGAGGGGAGCUGAUCUGGGGGGACAAAACAAAUAAAACAGACUAUAAAUGUGAUAACUACCAACUGCUCCUGAACAUGUUCCGACUAUCGGGAGGCAGCUGAUACACGGCUGAUAACUAAGACGAUAUCGAAUGCCAACCCGGGGUGCAGUCUGUUCAAUGACGACGAGAAAGGACGAUAAACGAUAAACAGCCGCCGUGGAGCCGGAUAUUGGAAAAUUGAAAACCGAUUCGAUGGCACUCUUGGGAAAACUUUCCACAAUAAGGACACAGUCAGUUUUGUGGCGACGUCGUCGUCCGUGUGUGUGUGUGUGUGUGUGCAAUGUGCAUGUCAGUCAGUGUAUGAUCUCUCUUUAAAAACCAAUGUAAAUUGUUGUUUGGCUUGCUGCAGUUUGAAGCAUUGGAAAACCAAGGAGGGAGGGGAAGCAGAUGCCAAACCGAUGCACUGGGUGAGGGGAGGGGCUUGAAGCUUUUGCUGUUAUAACUCACUUUCGAGAGAAUAUGUAUUAAAUGCGCGCAACUUGGUGGGGGACAGAGAAAAAGAGGGUCGAGGGACGAAGAAGAAAUAUUAUAAAGCUCGACCCGAAUGAUGUAAUAUUUUUAGGAAUUCAAAUUUAAUUAAUUCACCAUAAAAUGUAAAUAUAGCUGCUAUGUAUGAAAACCUGUGGAAAAUGGGAGUUGUCCAUCCGCUCGAGAGGGUGACGACAAUGAAGCAAAAAAAGCAGUUAGUGGAAAAUAAAGAUCAGUGAUGGUAAACCAGACAGAGCUGCAAUGGUUGAAUCUUGCUUCGAAAGCCUUUUCCCGUCUUCCGUUUGUGCGGUGCGCUCACUGGGUAGUAGCAGUUUCAAAAGUGGAAUGAAAAUAAAUAUUGUUUGAAGAUCUCCAAGGACUUGGCUUGUGCUAGUUCAAGAUGUUUGUCGUUUGGUUCAGUCGUAAUGGGGUCAUUUAUUUGAGUUGA